AUGGAUUGGUGUGUAAGGGUGUCCUGGGGUGUGUAUGGAUUGGUGUGCGAGGACUCAAUGAUGGUGGAUGCUGGCAAGAUUCAGUUGAGCGAUGAAAUUAAAGCGGCGAUAGCAAUGGAAGUUCGAUCACAGAUUGUCCCGUUGGUGAAGGAGAUUGUCAGUGAAGCAGCGGUGCAAUUGCGUAGCAUAUUGACCGAACUGAUAGCGCCGAUUUAUGAGGAUAUUAAUCGAAUUCGUGGAAACAGUGUAGCUGCUGCUAACGUUGCUGCAACAACCAGCCAUGCUGCUGCACAACUGCACACCAAUGCUGCACAACUGCAGGUCACUGCAGCUACAGCUGCUGGAACGCUAGCUACACCAGUGACCGCACUGGCUUAUCCAUCAGAAAGUGCUGCAAUUCUGGCAGAAGUUUAUGCGGCAACAAAUCAUAGUGCAGCAACAGUUGGUGGUGGUAUUGGUGAUGCUGCAUGUGCGGACGCUGCUACUGCUGCUGCUGUUGCUGUACAAAAUGCGCAAUUGCAACAGUUUUUAAAGGUUUGCACAUUUUUGUGGGAAAUAAUUACUCUGGCAAUUUGA